AUGUUAAUAGCAGAUGAUUUAGAUAAAUUAUUACAAAUUUUGCCAGAUUUUGUACGUAAACCCUUAGAAGAGCAUUCUAGACGUAAAACCUUAAUAGAAGUAGUUAUGGAUUUAGGCAGAAGACCUGAAGCGCGCUUUCCAGAAGGACCAGAAUAUUUAUCUUCUAGGACUAUAUCGUGGCAAGAUUUAAAUUUUUGUAUUAAAAAGAUAGGUAAUUUCGGUGAAGAUAAUAGGUCUGGAAUAGAGCGUACUUUGCAUAGAAUCAGUUCUAUUAGAAAUAGAAAAGGUAAUAUUGUAGGUUUGACAUGUAGAGUUGGUAGAGCAAUUUUUGGAACAAUAAGUAUUAUUCGUGAUCUUUUAGAAAAAAGUCAAUCAUUGCUUUUACUGGGUAAACCAGGCGUAGGAAAAACUACAGCAAUUAGAGAAAUUGCUAGAGUUUUAGCAAAUGAAAUGGAAAAAAGAGUUGUUAUAAUAGAUACUUCUAAUGAGAUAGCAGGUGAUGGUGAUAUACCACAUCCUGCCAUUGGUCGUGCACGUAGGAUGCAAGUAGCACGCCCUGAGCUGCAACAUCAAGUAAUGAUAGAAGCUGUAGAAAAUCAUAUGCCUCAAGUUAUUAUUAUUGAUGAAAUUGGAACAGAGCUAGAAGCUUUAGCUGCUCGUACAAUAGCAGAAAGAGGAGUGCAACUAGUUGGAACAGCUCAUGGUAACUAUCUAGAUAGCUUAAUUAAAAAUCCAAUUCUUUCAGACCUUGUUGGAGGUAUACAAUAUGUUACAUUAGGAGACGACGAAGCAAAGCGCCGAGGUUCACAAAAAAGUAUUUUAGAAAGAAAAGCUGCACCUGCUUUUCAAGUGGCUAUCGAGAUUCAUCAAAGAAAUAAUUGGAUUGUACAUGAAGAAGUAGAUCAAGCAAUUGAUCAAAUUUUGCAAGGCCAUCCAUUAUUAAUGCAACGCCGUAUAUUUAAAUCAAAUGGUUCUAUAGAUAUAGUUUGUGAACAGUCUAUUUCUUCAAAUUUUUCAUACCAGUUAAAUAGUAGUGUAAAAUCUAAAAAUUUAAAAUCAGGUAUUUUUUUUAAGCAAUCUAGUAUAAUGAAGAACCAAGACUUAAAAAUUAAUUCCUAUUUUGAUAAAGCUAAUUGGUUACCAAAUAAAAAUAAGUAUAAGUCUUAUCUUACUCAAAUAAACAAUAAUCAUCUUAGAUCUAAAGAUAUCACGAACUGUAUUCUAUUAUACCCUUAUUAUAUUAAUUCUCAGCGUAUAGAAUCCAUUAUUGCCUCCUUACAAUUGCCAAUCGGAGUUACAAAAGAUAUUCUAAGAUCAGAUGUAAUUUUAGCUCUAAGGUCAAAUGUGAAGCAAAAUACAAAAUUGAGACAGAUAGCAAAGUCAAGACAUAUUAUAAUUUAUACUGUUUAUAAUGGCACAGAGACUUAUAUUACAAGAGCCUUAAAGCAGAUUUUGAAUGUAAGGCAGAUGUUACAUGUUGACUCAUAUCAAUUAUCUGAAGAUAGAGAAAGUUCUCAAGUUGAGGCAUUAGCAGAAGUACGUAUAGCUAUCGAAAAAGUUGUAAUAGGUAAAAAACAGUCAGUGGAACUUUUAUCAAGAUUAGCAAGUGUACGAAAAAUCCAAUAUCAAUUUAUAGACUCUUACAAUUUAAGAUCUAGAAGUUUUGGUAAAGAACCAGAUAGAAAAUUAUGUAUUUAUCCAAGUUGA